GUGAGUGAACAACUAUGGCGUCGUCAAAUAUUUUGGAUCAUUUGGUUUAUCUGACGGAUAAUUUACAAACCACAAAGUCAGAAUUCGUAGAAGCAGGAUUUACAGUCAUAGAUGGCGGUAAACAUGCAGACGGGAUUACAGAGAAUGCAUUGAUUGUGUUAUCAGAUGGCGUAUAUAUAGAACUGAUAGGAUACAUACAUGGUGUAACGAAAUCAGCUCACUUCUGGGGUGAUAAGAAACCUGGAUGGAUCGACUACGCUUGUUUGGGUGUUAAAGAACAUGAAACUGGUAUAGAGGAGUUCUACGAGAAGCCCAUUCACGGCGGUAGAACCUUAUCAGAUGGCAGAAAGGCGCAAUGGGUCGUCAGCUUCCCUAUCAAGAGAUAUCCACGCGGUUCAGUACCAUUCUACUGCCAAGAUAAGACACCUCGAGAAAUAAGGGUACCUUUAAACAAAUCAGAGCAUUCCAACAAUGUUAAGAGAAUUAAAUCACUCAUUCUGCUCUGUAAUGAAACAGCCUUGAAAGCUUCUGUAUUGCUGUACAACUCAAUUCUUCAACAACUGCCGCAUCAUCAAUCAGAACAGAAGGUUGUAUACAAAUUGAAGUCCCCUGCAAAUUCGCAAAUUGAGCUGAUUCUACGUACACCUGUGUCACCAGAAGAAGAAGCUCAUGUAUUUGCAAAUCAUGGUGACUGCAUCCAAUCGAUCGAGGUAGAGGGUGCCAAGACGUCAUCUACAUUAAAGCCCUCAAAUGGCGGCGGGCAAUUGAUUAUGACAUGCUAAGAAUUUAACCCCAAGACACCCCGUUUGAUACACAAACUCUAUUAUUAUAACCUUCUAUGCUAG